GUCAAAUAUUAGUCUUGCGAAAACGCCAGUCAGGAGAAAUGGACCCAAAAAGUGGAAAUUCAAGUCUUGAAUCAGCAGAAGUUCAUACGUGUAUUCGUAGCAAAAUCGAUAACGUUUAUUCAGGAGAAAUGGACCCAAGAAGUGGGAAUUUAAAUCAUGAAUCAACGGAAGUUCCAAUAGAUAUGAAUCAGCAGCAGCAAAAUCUGGAACGAAGUGAACAAACUAUUCAGUGGUUACCUUCCCUUCAUUUGUUGACUGAUCGGAACUCACGUAAGGAAGAAUUACGUUUGCAUCUUCUUAAAGCUGCAAUAGAGGGAAAUAUUGAUGCAGUUAAAAGUCAGUUCAAUAAUCCUCUGCUCAGUAAUUCUUCAUCAAGCUCAUCAAGUGCGUCUUCUUCGUCAAGCCCAUUAAAUGCCGCUUCGCCACCAAGCCCAUUCAAUGUUGCAAUAACAGAGAAACAUGAAACUAUUUUCCAUGUAGCAGCAGGGGCAAAUCAGACUGACUUUUUAGAGAAGAUGAUUGAUGAGACAGCAGCAGAUGACCUCAAGUUGCAAAACGUGAAAGGGAACACUGCCUUCUGUUUUGCUGUUAUGGCUGGGAAUAUAUCAAUUGCUGAGAAAAUGUUGAAAAAGAAACGAGACCUGUUGACAAUCCGAGGUGGCGGUAAUUUGACUCCGCUAAAUCUAGCUGCUAUGUUUGGAGAAAGAGAAAUGGCGAUAUAUUUAUACCGGCAGUAUUAUAGAGGAACACUGACAUUAGCCGACAAAAAACAAUUAUUGUUUGAUAGCAUCGAUACUACUUUGUACGAUCUUGCAAGGGAAUUGCUAGAAGAUGAAGAUGAUAAUGAAAAUGAAUUGGCUAUGACUGAAUACGAGCAUGGCAACAAUCUUUUGACACCCUUGCAUCGGUUGGCUUUAACGCCCUUUCAUCUGUUGGACCAAAAUCGCAGAAGUAAAGAAACAAUCUUAUCAAAUAGAGUUUUAGAGUCUGUGAAGUGUCUUUGGGAGAAAAUAUUAGAGAUAAGAAAGAGCAAAAGUGACAGAACCACUUUAAUAAAUCAAGCUCUAGCGUUAGUCGAAUGCCUUUGGAAGAAAAUAUUCAAGGCAAAGCGCGACCAAGUUUGGGAUUACUUAAAAGAGCAUCGUGAUUUACUGUUCACAGCAGCUCAAUUAGGAAACUUCAAAUUCUUGGAUCCAAGACCACUGAGCAUGGAAAAUAGUUCAUUACAUCUAGCUGCAAAAUAUCCAGAUCCAAGACCACUGAGCAAGGAAAAUAUUCUAUUACAUCUAGCAGCAAAAUAUUCAGAUCUAAGACCAUUGAGCACGAUGUCAAGUGCAACUCUAGAAAUGGAAAGAGAGUUACACAUUUUUAAGGAUGUUGAAAAGCUUGUAAUGCCUUCAUUUAGAGAAUUGAAGAAUUCAGAAGGCAAAACACCUCGAGAGCUCUUCACUAGUACACAUGCAUGCUUACAGAAAGACGGAGAAAAGUGGAUGAGGAGCAUAGCUAGCCAAUGCUUGCUUGUUGCAACAAUCAUUGCUACUGUGGUUUUUCAACCAACUUUCACUGUACCAGGAGGUAAAGAUGAUAAUGAAGGAAGGAAAAUUGUGCUUCGUAUAUUUGCUAUUGCAAAAGUGAUUGCAUCAUUUUCCUCUUCGAUUUCAAUUCUAACGUUCUUAUCUAUUCUUACAUCCCGUUACGUAGAAAAUGAUUUUUUGAUAUCAUUACCGCUUAAGUUGGUUUUGGGAUUGUUAAUGCUAUUCAUAUCUAUAGGAACCAUGAUGCUAGCUUUGAUUUCAAGCUUUUUAUACAGCUUAUGAUCACCCUAGAUCAAAUGCAAUCCUCAUUCUUUGUACCAUAUUUGUAUCUCUCCCCCUGUUUGCAUUUGAUUCGUCACAGUAUAGUCUCCUGAGAGAUAUGUUGUACUCAUUCCGUUUUAGGUUUUUCUCUUAAGUCUGUAUGAUGUUGUAUUAUGUAUUUGAAG